AUGGUGCGGUGGUUGAAGGAACUGGAGGCGCUGGGCAGGAGGACGAUGGAGGGAGGAGGAUGGGGGACGAUGGAGGGAGGAGCAGGAGGAGCAGGAGGAGCAGGAGGAGCAGGAGGAGCAGGAGGAGGAUAUUCUGUGCUAACGGUGGCUGGCUCGAUAGGAGCAGCGGCACUGACUGUGUAUGCUGGGAGCUACUUGUUCAGUAGCAGGUGGAGUACGAUAGAACAAGUGCUGAGGGACCAGGAGGACCUGUCGGUCUUCCAUGGCUUCUGGAGCGCGAUGGAGGAUGUUGCGAAGGAGGAGGAAGGAGAGGAGCAGAGCGAUCGCUCGUAUGAGGGCCGGACCAGGCGGAAGCCGGACCUCAAUGCUGCUGGCCCUGGUUGGUUAACAAGGAUGGCUGCGUCCAUGGGAUGGUCGAGUAGCGAUGCUGAGCGGCGGAUGAUAGUUGUGUUUGCUCCCAGCAACGACGCGUUUGUGAGAGCGAGGGCGGACACGUUCAACUACGACAGGAAGUCAUGGAGGACAUUCAUGAUGGGGCAUGUAGCGAUCACCCGCCUCCCACGUGUCGUGCUGGAGCAGGCCGGUCAGAUCCAGUCGAUAUCCAACACCAUCAUCACCCUUGACUGCAUCAGGACUAUGUUCUCAGCGUUGAGGCAAGGAAUGGUCUAG